GACAACCGUCAAGUUUAUAUAUAUUAGAUGAAAUACGACCAACAAUAUCUAGACUACCAGAUUUAAAAUCAUAUCGAACAAUAUAUAGAUAUAAUGGCUCAAACCAACAACACCAAUGGCAUCAAUGGCGUUAACGGCACACUCCCCGCGCUGCGUACCAACCCCAAGGCCAUCUUUUUCACCGACUUUGACGGUACCAUCACGCUGCAGGACAGCAACGACUUUAUGACAGACAACCUAGGAUACGGCGCUGAGCUCCGCAAGAAGGGCAACCACGAUGUGUUGUUUGGCAAGCGUACGUUCCGCGACAGCUUCCAGGAGAUGAUGGAUAGCGUCAAGACCCCCUACGACCAAUGCAUUGCCACUCUGCUCAAGAAUGUUCAACUCGACCCUCACUUUGCCGAGUUCUUCACCUGGACUCGUGCAAACAAUGUCCCUGUUGUCGUCCUGAGCGGUGGCAUGCAGCCCAUCAUCCGUGCUCUACUCGCCCACCUUGUUGGCGAGGAUGCCGUCCAGCAUAUGCAAAUAGUCAGCAAUGAUGUUGAGGCCAGACCCGGCAAGAGCAUUAACGAAGAGAAUGGCUGGAACAUCAAGUUCCACGACGAUAGCGACUUUGGACACGACAAGUCCCUCGAGAUUAGACCGUAUGCGGCGCUACCGGAGCGGCCUAUAAUGUUCUAUGCCGGAGACGGAGUCUCAGACCUGUCUGCCGCCAAGGAGACCGAUCUACUAUUUGCCAAGGCUGGGCGAGACCUCGUCACGUACUGCGAGAAUGAGAAGGUGCCAUUUGUCACUUUCAACGACUUCUCUGACAUCCACAAGAUUGUUGCGGACGUGGUUGAAGGCAAGAUCACCGUUCAGGAAGCGGCGAAGGGAAGAGUGUAAAUCUUCAAGCUUCGACUUCCUAGAGGAAUAUCGUUUCCCUCUUUUAUCUCUAGGUUCCCGCGCGGGAUCUAAUCUUCAAGCAACAUUGCAUAUGCAUUUUCGGUGUGCAGAUAAAUAUUAUCUUUAGACAAACGGAUAGACAGGUCGAUGGAGCAUAAUAUCAUU